AUGUUGGGGAUGCCCGACGAGCCCUGGUCGCGGCUCGUGCUGACAGCGCCCGCCCACGGCGAACAGCGUCUUCGGCGAAGAUACCAGCGUCUGAACCUCGCGGCUUACUUCCUCAGCGAGCUUACCGACGAGUUGCUGCGACCCGGUCGAGCCGGUCUUCUCGACGCCGGUGCAGCCACCAGACGACGUCGGCCGGACAUUCUCGCGGGCGGCGGCGCGAGGGCGGCCGGCGGCGAGCAGAUCCAGCCGGACUACGGCUACGCGUACGAAGACGAGGACCAGUCGGUGAUCAGCGUCACGCGGGCCGCGCGCGACGGCAUCCGCCGUUCGGCUGCGGCACCACAUCUGUCGGUGGAACCGCUGACCGACGACAUGAAGCUGACGGUCAGCUUCAGCGACAUCGGGCGCAAGACGCUCCGCGCCAGGUUCGCGAAGCUCACGCGGGCAUGA